AUGAUUGCGACUAUAAACGGAGACACAAAGAUCAAUGGAAAGGGCCAUCCGACCGAAGUCCGCAUUCCGGACAUGUUUGGUUCCAUAAUGUCUGCGACGCCUAUGGUGAACCCUCACCACUUCAAGGUCAAGGCCGCAGCCGACGCCUUCAUAGCUGAUUAUCUCAAGAUGGACAAGCACGAAGCGACUAAGAACAGAAAGGCCGACUUCUGUUUCUGCGCCUCUGCCAUGGCUCCUCAUGCAGAUGCAGAGGCACUAAGGACCAUGGUUGACUGGCUGAAUUGGAUCUUUUACUUUGACGACGACUUUGACGAGGGUCAACUUGACCGAGACCCAGUAGCCGCAGAGAAAGAGAUUAGACAUACACUAGCUGUACUCGAAGAAGGUGCUGAGAUUCCAGACAGAGAGCUGCAUCCCUUGCGAUAUUUGUUUCGUACCAUCUGGGACCGAGUUAAAGAGAGGGCUUAUCCUGAUGUCCAGACUCAAUUCAAGAUCACGCACAAGCGAUACUUGGACGGCCUGCUGCAUCAGGUCGAAGCGACACGCGAUGGAAACGGUCAACCUCGGACCGAGGAGGACUACAUCAGAAUGCGGAGGAGGACUGUUGGUGGGUAUCCAUGCAUCAGUCUCAUCGCCUAUGCCCACAAUGUAGACUUGUCGCAGGAGGCAUUUGAACACCCUUCUGUUCAAGAAUGCAUAGCUGUAGGCUGUGACCUCGCUUGGAUCCACAACGACAUCGUCUCGUACAAGAAAGAUGUCAAGUCAGGUAUUGAGCACAACUUUAUCACAGUCUUGAAAAAGAAUGGCUUUACCACUCAACAAGCCAUGGAUAGAGCAGGGGAACUCCAAGACGAGUGUUAUCGCAGAUGGUACCUUGCGCUGGCGAGCAUGCCUAUCUGGGGCGAAUCUAUCGAUCGUGAAGUGUUGAGAUAUAUCGAGGCAUGCCAUAGCUUUCCUCUUGGUGACUUGCUCUGGAGCUUCCAGACAGGGCGAUACUUGGGGGCCACGGAGGGAUAUAAGCUGCACGAGACGAGGGUGUUGGACCUGUCAGAUUUGGAACCUAUUGCUGUGUGA